CUUGAUAGAGAGAGAGAGAAAAACAGGAAGUGUACAGCAUUACAAGCCACAAAUGAAAGUCCGCUGAGCGACGACGCUUCUGAGGCGGUUUCGAGCCAAGCUUGUACUGAUGAAAAUUACUAUUGACAUCGGUGAGACAGCUCCGGGGUGUUUGAUGCAUCGUUUCAGAGUCCAGGAGAGAUCGGCUCCAGAGGGUCAGAAUGGGCAACCUAUCUGGUAAACAUGACUAUCAUCAUACUACUGACCAGUCUGCCAAAUCUGGGAGUGAAGCCGAGACUCGAAGCCUGACCAUGGACCCACCAGAAGACAAUGAAGUGUUUGCAGAGGCAGAUGUGAAUCAGAACAAUGGAUCCUCCUCAAAGUCGAAGAACAUGGUAGCGACAAGCUCCAAGAGUGUAGAGGACCUAAAGAAUGCCUGGAAGGCACCCAGCACAGCUGAGCCAGCUGUUCGCCCACACUUGGUCCGCCUCUUCUCACGUGACGCGCCAGGACGUGAGGACAACACCUUCAAAGACCGCCCAUCGGAAUCAGAAGACCUUCAGGCCAUCCAAGAGGAUAGCUCAGUUCCUGUGGCCGGCUCAGAUUUGAUGGAAGUGCAGAAACUGUCCUCACAAUCGUCAACUAAGAAGGGACAAGUUUCAAAACAAAUGGCAUCUGCAAGCACCUCAGACCAUGCUAAGCAAGCUGGAGGAGCCCACUCAAGGCAAAGAGACUCGGGUCUACUCGACCAGCUGGGAAAGUUUUUUGGGCAAGAAGGCUCCAGGAAAGUACCUGAGAAGGGCAAGGAACCUGCAACCAGGAGUGUGUUAAUGGCCCCAACCACACACAAGGCCCACCAACCAGCAGCGAGACAAACUGAUGAUAGUGCUGUUGUCCACUUCUUUAAGAACAUGAUGUCACCAAAGAGAGCCCCAGUACAACAAAAGGGUACUGAUGGACAAAGGCCACAUUAUGGGGCCGCUGGUUCUUCCAAGUCAAAGGAAGCAUAUAGAGGACGGAAAGAUGGCUCAGGCACCCUCUCAUCUUUUUUCAAAAUGGGGAAAAAAGGUGAAGGUUCACCUGCCAGACGUUAAACCCACAUCAAUGAGUUCUGCAGAAAGGAAUACUUCAAAAAAAUGAAAAGAAAUCCUUGCUCGGUGUCGUAUAUUAACAGUCUUAUCACUUCACGUAUUAACUGGCAAUUACUCCACCCCUCAAAAAAUGACUGGCAUACAAAUAUGAUCCACUACUGAUCGGGUUAUAGCCUGCUGUUCUUAAUGCAAGGUUGCUUAAUUCAAAUUACGUUAACUUGAUUAUUUUAAAGCAAACAGAAACAUCUUUUAUUUAAAUUUCUUCAUUUGAACCACUGGAUAAUAUGAGCAAAGAGUUAUUUUAACAGGAGUAAACUGCAUGAAUUGUAUGUUAAAUGGAAUAUUUUACACUCACUCCAAAGUUAUGGCCUUAAACACGAUACAUGAAGGUGCCAUUAUUCUCAAAACUUUCUUUUCACUGGCCUUUUCUAUAGUUACAGAAAUAAAGAACCUAAUGCUUUUCAAUGAAGUUAUUGCAUCUGGACUUAGGCAUGGCUAUUCUCCACCACAUCUAUCAGCAGAGUUCCCUGUAAAAGAAUGUUGAGACAAUUGCUAAUGUUUUACUAAAUGUUUUAGCACUAUAUAAAAUUAAGAAUUAAAGUUGCCAGGCGGUUGCUGUGCAGAUCAAUAAACUCCAAUUUGAACACAAAUGCCAUUUGUUGCUUGGGCCAAAGGAAACGGUUCAGUAGAACUGUGUGUGUUAAAGCUGCUGAAGCAUUUUCCCACAUAUACCUUGUAGACUUUAGGGUGCUUUAACAAAGAUAAGCAGCAUUACGUGUUGUAAAGCUGUGAACACCAAGGGUAUUAUAACUAACCUGAAUCUAAUGCUAACUCUUAGCACUGAGAAUGAUUGUUUGAUAAACUAAAUUCCAUAGGUAUGGGCAAUAGACCAUCCCUAUGCGAGUGCUCUUUUGAAUUGCACUGUUCUUGUAACUGAAAUAAUAUUUUGUUACCUUGAUACUUACACGUGUAUCCCAAUUGUUUUCUUUUGCCUCUCAAAAGUAACUAAUAGUGCAUAAAAUGGCAAGUUUAUACUCACCACAACCUUAAGGUGACACUGGGCAAUUUUCUCACAGCUUGCACGCGAUAAGCCCCCCUCCCCCGAGGAUGUCACGAGACCGAAUGCCUCUGCACUUGUAAACGAUGCUAAUAUGCAAUGUACAAAUACAACACUAAAGAACCCUUCCCCCAAAUAUUUAAUUAGGGUGUGGCAUACACAUACCCAGAUCCCAAUAGAAAAACAUUAGUAUUCUUCACAUGGGUGCCAGACAUUUUCUACUGGAGACGCAGGACAAAUGCAAACCGGCCACAUCUUUCCUCAGUCCUGAAUCCUGCUGCUAUUGCUGCUCUUCAAUUGUUUCUUCUGUCUUCUGUGAUUUAAGAAUCCAGUGGAUGAGGUGAAACGCACCCCAGCCAACAUCUGCUCUUUUUGCAUUCUCUAAUAGAUUAUGUCGAAAACGUAUGGGCAGGUGGAUAUCAAGAGUUAUUAUUAACGGUGGUUUUCCAAUAUAUUGCCAGUCUAUGUAUGGUAACAUGCUUAUAGAGGAUACAUACUAGGAAAAGCUGAGUGAUCAUGUGUGAAUAAGUGUUGUUUCUGAAUGUAUGUGUAAAAUAAAAUAAUGCACCUAAACACUCUGUGUUUGUCCCUGUUAAAAUAAAGUUACAAUUAUAAUUCAA